GAGAGAGCUGAAGAGGUAUUGAGGUACAAUGAAGAGAGAGAGAGAGAGAGAGCAAGGAGCUUGCUGGUAGUGCUGAAUGCAGUCCGUUCCUUCGCUAGCCCCACAGGAAAUACAGCGAGCCCAAUACUGAGGGACAACAGGACAAGAGGCGUUAGAUAGAAAAAAGAGGAGUCAAAAAGAACAGGGGAACAGGGGAACAGUUACACAGCUUUCACUCAUCUCCAAAUGGACUGGUCUUUAUGAAGAAAAGGAGCAACACAGAAGCCCAGAGAGGAGGGGGUCGAUUCCUGUCAUCUUCUUGUGACAGCCUGUGGAGCCGUAACCGGGGUGUCAUUGCGACAGCGUUUGCUCUGCAUUUUAUUUGAGUGUGUGUAUCCGUUUACCUGUCAAUAGAGUCUGGAGCUGUGAUUGGCUUCAUGGAAAGAAAGUGAUCUGUCGUUCUGUUUGUAAAAGGGGAUUUGGACAGGACGGAUUUUGGGGAAUUCGGGGAAUGCUUAAAGGACACAGACCUGCUAGGGUCAUAGUGUCUCUAUUGCGCCUGCAACGCGCAACUCUGCUCUUCUCUCCUCUGCUCCUCUCCUCGGCUUUCUCCCUCGUUUCCCCCCCUUCCCCCUCCUCCCAUUCUCUCCUUUCGCUCUCUUUUCCCCGGCGCUGGCACACACGCUCGUAAUAGCCGUCCGUUUGGCAUUUGGCUGAGGGCUCCCUCACUCGCUCUCCGUGGCAGCCGCUAACUGCUGAUCUAGCAGGGGCUAACCGUUCGUUCGCCCAUGGAAAGGGGACUGAGAUGGAUCUCGAAUCACUCCUGGAGACCUUUUCACCUGGCGUCCAUUUCCUGCCCUGACAAGGACCACACUUCCCUCCAUGGGGCCACUCUUCUGUGUGAUCACCUCUAGAGUACCCCGCAUCCUUCACACCUAAAGACUUUCCAUCAAGCUUGCUUCCUUUCGGUGGUGCCAUGGCAACCCGUUCCGUUCACAGCCUCAGUGUUUUACUGCCACGUUGAGUGACGAGAGGAUUUGGGUAAUUUUUUAUGUAUGAUGACAAGUGGAUGUGAGAACUAAAAGACAGGAAAACCAUUGGUACCCGUGAAUUUCCUGCCAAGAUGUCUCACACGAGGUGAUGCGGCUGUCAUGUAGGAAGUGCAGUAAUGUAUUGGAUUCCCGAAAAUCCUUUAGUUCCAGAUAAUCUCGUUUCAACAUAAACACUCUUUGUAUCCUUCUGUGAUCUACAAAGCAGUGGAUUCACUCUCACAACCCAGAACUGAGCGAUCGUUUGAAAUUGCAACUAGGUUAGUAUCUGCCCAUCUCUUCUCGCAUAUUCCCAUCAUUUCACGUAUGCUUUAGAGUAGCCUAAUUAUGUUUGGCUUACUCUAAGAGACUGUGUGAAAAUCUUCCAGCCCUCCCGGUGAGAAGUACACCUGAAACAAACAAAUUAGAACAACAACAAAAAGGUGUAGAUAAGGAAGAGAGAGGUAGAAAGAGAGAGAUUAACAAAGAUAAGCGUGUCAAGCGGGAGAACAGGUGUAGAGUAUCUAAAAGAGAAAAGUGAGAGAGAGGGAGGCUGAGAGUCAGGCUGACAUUUUCAGAAGCCCAGUUAUAGAGGAGAGGGGAGAGAAAGGAGAGAAUCCGCAGGGAUGGAUAGAGUGGGGGGUCUGGGUAAGGUUCAGGGGGCCAUUUCUGUCAGAUAGUGGGGUAACGGUGGGAUCCCAACCUUUAGACUGAAACCCACCCAGUGUCAUUGGCAUUCUCUGCACUGCCUUCCUCGCUAUUCGUCAGGCGAAGGGGAGAGUGUAAGAGAACAAAAAGAGAGGGGGGGAGUGAAAGAGAGAGCAAAAACGAGUGCUUCUGAAUGAUUGUACUGUCGCCACAACCGGGGCCAAUUAAGAGAAUUGCAUUAUAUGCCUUAAUCUUGCCAGUCAAGUGGGAGAGAUAUAGACAGAGAGAGGAAGAGAGAGGGAACCCGAAAGAGAGAGGGGUACAGGUGCCACAGACACAUGUCAUUAUCGCCUUCCUCUUUAAUUUAGUUUUUUCUUUUCAUCUCGGAACGAGAUCCCUUUUGAGGACUGUUCGCCCCGUUCGCCGCAAGGGAAGGCGGGAGAAUGAAAGAGUUAUUUUUUUCCAAUUGAAACAGAACGUUCUUUUUCCUCCCGGCUCUUUUAUUUGUUAACAGCACACACUCGUUCAUUCUGCCGUCUGUUCAUCGCUCCACCAGGGCAGAAAGCUAGAUAUUUCACCUUCACCUCCGUCUAAAUCCCCUUUUUCCACUGCUGUUGGGUAUUUUUCACUCCUGUAGAAAAUGCAUCCUUUUGCACCCUGAGGGAAUCAUUUCCUAUUAAAGAACAAACCCAGGGGUUGGACAUUACUCCUAUAUAGGUUUCCCCCGUAAUACACCGUAUCACCAUAUCAAAAAGAAUAGACUACUUGGUGAAAAGAAACAGAAAACCCUCCCAAAGCCCAGAGACCCAGUCCCUCACGACACCCCCCAACUCCUUUUUCUUCCUCCCCUCCCUCCCUCCCUCCGCCUUCCCCUCCUCUCGGAUCUUACUCCUCUCGCUCCAUUCCUUUUAUCCGUGGGGGCAUCCCACUCCCCGCCGGGACUAAGCCGGCUUGCAUCCGCGGGAAUCUUUUGAUAUCGGCUCCUGGUGUCGUCUGAUUCAUUCUCAGGUGGUGGACCAGGCAGCCAGAAGACCGUUCUCCAUGAGGAGUAGUGGAAGAUGCCGGCUCUGCCAGCGCUGCUGCUGUCGAUUUACUUCCUCUUACUGUUGCUGACCAUGGCCCCGCUCUCUUUCACCCAGGCUCCCGCACUCUCCUCUGUCAGAAUGGCGGCCAUUUUGGACGACCAGUCGGUGUGUGGGCGAGGGGAGCGGCUAGCGCUGGCCCUGGCCAGGGAGAACAUUAACAGUAUUUUUGAGGGCCAGUCCAGAGCCCGGGUGGAGGUGGACAUCUUCGAGCUACAGAAGGACUCACAGUACGACACCACCGAUACCAUGUGUCAGAUAUUGCCAAAGGGGGUGGUCUCUGUGAUUGGCCCCGCCUCCAGUCCUGCCUCAGGGUCAACUGUCAGUCACAUCUGUGGAGAGAAGGAGAUCCCUCAUGUGAAGGUGGGCCCGGAGGAGACGCCCAAACUCCCAUACCUCCGCUUCGCCUCGGUCAGUCUCUACCCCAGCAACGAGGACCUGAGCCUGGCUAUUGGGGCCAUCCUCCGCUCUUUCAGCUACCCCACCGCCAGCCUCAUAUGCGCCAAGGCAGAGUGCCUGCUGCGAUUGGAGGAGCUGGUACGGCGCUUCCUGAUCUCCCGGGAAACACUGUCCGUUAGGAUGCUGGACGAAAGCCUGGACCCCACCCCCCUGCUAAAGGAGAUUAGAGACGAUAAAGUGGCUACUAUCAUCAUCGACGCCAAUGCUUCCAUCUCCUAUCUCAUCCUCAGAAAGGCAUCAGAACUGGGGAUGACAUCAGCGUUUUACAAGUACAUACUCACCACAAUGGACUUUCCCCUGCUGCGAUUGGACGACGUGGUGGAUGACCAAUCCAACAUCGUAGGUUUCUCCAUGCUCAACAGCAGCCAUCCCUUCUACCUGGAGUUCAUCAGGAGUCUCAACCUGUCCUGGAGGGAGGGCUGUGACCUCAGCCCCUACCCUGGCCCGUCGCUGUCGUCGGCUCUUAUGUUUGAUGCGGUGCAUGUGGUGGUGGGGGCGGUGCGUGAGCUCAACCGGAGUCAGGAGAUUGGAGUGAAGCCGCUCAGCUGCACCACUCCUCAGAUCUGGCAACACGGCACCAGCCUGAUGAACUACCUGCGCAUGGUGGAGUAUGAUGGGUUGACCGGCAGGGUGGAGUUCAACAGCAAAGGCCAGAGGACAAACUACACCCUGAGAAUCCUGGAGAAGCACCGUGGGGGUCAUAAAGAGAUCGGGAUCUGGUACUCUAACAACACGUUGGCGAUGAACUCGACAUCUCUGGACAUCAACAUGUCGGAGACGUUGGCUAACAAGACGCUCAUCGUCACCACCAUAUUGGAGAACCCAUAUGUGAUGCAUAAGUCCAACUACCAGGAGCUGCGGGGAAACGACCGGUACCAGGGCUUCUGUGUGGACAUGCUAAGAGAGCUGUCGGACUUGUUGAAGUUCUCCUUCAGGAUCAAGCUGGUGGAUGACGGGCUGUACGGAGCGCCUGAACCGAAUGGAUCCUGGACAGGCAUGGUGGGAGAGCUCAUCAAUAGGAAAGCAGACUUGGCGGUAGCUGGGUUCACCAUCACCUCAGAGAGGGAGAAGGUCAUAGAUUUCUCCAAACCCUUCAUGUCCCUGGGCAUCAGCAUCCUGUACAGAGUCCAUUUGGGACGGAAGCCAGGUUAUUUCUCCUUCCUGGACCCGUUCUCUCCGGCCGUGUGGCUCUUCAUGCUGCUGGCCUACCUGGCUGUCAGCUGUGUGCUCUUCCUAGCCGCCAGGUUGAGUCCGUAUGAGUGGUACAACUCCCACCCGUGUCCUAUGGGGCGAAAGGACAUGCUGGAGAACCAGUACACCCUGGGUAACAGCCUGUGGUUCCCCGUGGGAGGCUUCAUGCAGCAGGGCUCUGAGAUUAUGCCCCGCGCCCUGUCCACGCGCUGCGUCUCCGGGGUCUGGUGGGCGUUCACUCUUAUCAUCAUCUCCUCCUACACGGCCAACCUGGCAGCCUUCCUCACUGUUCAGAGGAUGGAGGUGCCCAUCGAGUCUCCUGACGACCUGGCUGACCAGACAAACAUCCAGUAUGGUACCAUCCAAGGAGGCUCCACCAUGACCUUCUUCAUGAACUCGCGCUACCAGACGUACCAGCGCAUGUGGAACUACAUGCACUCCAAGCAGCCCAGUGUGUUUGUGAAGAGCACGGAGGAGGGCAUCGCCCGCGUGGUCAACUCCAAAUACGCCUUCCUGCUGGAGAGCACCAUGAACAAGUACCACCGCCGCCUCAACUGUAACCUCACCCAAAUAGGUGGUCUUCUCGACACCAAGGGCUAUGGCAUCGGCAUGCCCCUGGGCUCACCGUUUAAAGAGGAGAUCACUCUGGGGGUGUUACAGCUGGCAGAGAACAACAGGCUGGAGAUCCUGAAGAGGAGGUGGUGGGAAGGGGGGCAGUGCCCCAAGGAGGAGGACCACCGAGCCAAGGGUCUGGGCAUGGAGAACAUCGGGGGCAUCUUCGUGGUGUUGAUCUGCGGCCUCAUCAUCGCUGUGUUCGUGGCCGUCAUGGAGUUUGUGUGGUCCACCCGCCGCUCGGCAGAGACAGACGAGGUACGCCCUCACUCCUGCCCCGGCCAAAACCACAGACGCACUCCAGUGUCAGUGUGUCAGGAGAUGCUGACUGAGUUCCGCAACGCCAUCUCCUGUAAGAAGAGCUCACGCUCUCGGCGGCGGCGUCCCUUGGCCAGCCCUGGCGGCGUCUUGCGCCACCCCACCCGCCUCCAGCUGGGUGUCCCGAGACCCAUCCGCCUAGUCCGCGAGAUGCGCCUCAGCAACGGCAAGCUGUACAGCAGCUCGGGCCACCUGACUGGCGGAGGGGGAGCAGCAGGGGGGGGGUGUGGGGCCGUAGGGGGGGGGCCCUCAGACAUGGGUCCGGGGCCACAGCGCCUCCUGGAGGACCCGCUGGGUGCCAACACCACGACACCCCCUCCCCCGCCCGAGGCUGCCACGGCGCCACCCUCCCGGAGCUGUGCCCAUGUGCGGAUCUGCCAGGAGUGUCGGCGCAUCCAGAGCCUGAGGUCAGCAUCAUCCUUCUCACGCAUCCCGCCCCACCUCGGCCCACACUCUUCCAUGUCCCUGCCCCGUCUCACUCCACCCCCGCCACCCUCAUCCACCAACACCGACAGCGAGGGGGGCGGCUGCGGCACAGCGAGCCCCAAGCGACCCAAGCCUAAGCCCACGCCCCCUCCGCGGCCCUUACCCCCGGCGAAGGCGCCCACCACAGACCUGCUGCUGGGGAAACAAGACUGAGGAGGGACGGAGGGAUCGGACAUGUGACAAGGGUCGAGAGGGUUAAAAGUCAAAUGUCAGGGUUCAACAGAGAAACGUGUAGGAACGAGGAGCGGAAGGGGCUGUGAGCUUGUAGUGCAUUGACACGGCAGGAUCAAACCACUCUGACCUGUUUGAGGGGGUUAUUCUCCAGGGCAGAAUUUGCGGAGACACCAACCUAGUCAAGGCCGUCCUCCUAAACCAGGAGUCCUGCUAAGCAAUGGAUCAGGCUGUCUAAUGAGUGGGAAAUGACUUUUGACCACAUAUGACCGUUAGCUGCCCUUACGGUGCAGUGAGAGACCAUGUGGUGACCGUUCAACAGUAAGCAUAAGUGUGUUCAAGCUGCCUGGUUUGGCUUUUGACCUUCUCUCUCUCUUUCACUUGGAUCUGAUGGGAGGACUUGACCUAUCCAACAAGCGCUGGAGAGAUUCAGGGGACCAUAGAGACUUCAAACACACAGAAACUCUUGCGUUUAAAGAAGUCGGUUCUCGCCAAGAAGAUGCAUAUUUUUUUCCCCAGAGCAGCUGGAAGAGCUUGAACUUUGGAAUUUGUGUUUUCGAUUUGCUUUCUGUCAGAGUCUAACUCGCCUAAUUUAUUUUCUAUCUUUCUUUCUUUCUUUCUUUCGAAUAUCUUUUUAUUGUCGUCAUUGGUUUCUUGGUCACUGUUUAGUUAUUGACUUAUGUUUUUGGUCUGUCAUUAAAGAUCCUUACGAAAGCCAAUGUGGAGAUCAUGACCAUUCGUGCGUAAAUGAGGUCUCUUUCCCACCAGUCACAAGCCCGGGAACAAAGUUCAAAGGUCAAUAGUCUAAAGAGGCCUUCUCUAAAACACAUUCUGACAGUACACCCAGAUCACAGGACUCAAUAUUACAGUCCAUGUUUGCUUGUCAGAGUAGCAGAGAGUGGCCUUGCCUUCCACUGAUCAACAAGCCAGUUUUGCCACAGAGUUUUAAACACAGAGUUAGUGUAUCAUAGCCCCAUCAAAUGACAACGCAACAGAGCUACAGAGCACAGUUAAACAACACGGUACGUUGCGAAUCCUUCAAACAGGUCAGAAUUUAAUAAACUGGAUAUAAAUAGCAAGAGAAAAGGAGAAUACCAAACUCAGCACAAGGAAUGACAAAUGAGACAAAACGAUGAUUACAUACGUACAAAGCAGGAGAAACGUAAUGCACAGUCCUGUCUGGCCAAUGGUAAUAGGAAACCUGUGUCAAUGUGUGUUCUGUGAUUCAUAUGGGGGUCGUGUGUGUCGUGUGUGUGUGUGUGUGUGUGUGUGUGUGUGUGUGUGUGUGUGUGUG